AAGCGGCGUUGCCAGUGCGCAUGCGCUUUACCACACACGUGCGGUGAACGUUUGGACCUGCUGCAUGUUACAGAGCCACGAGACUUCUUAACGCUAAAAAACACUUUCACCUACAGCAAACAAACAUUUCGUCUUGUUGCCUUUUCGACACCAGGGGAAAUUAAAUAGUCCUCCGUGAAGCAUUUCGCCGAGAGGGCCGGAACAGCAGAAAAACGAGUCGCCAUGACUGAAGCUCAAGUGAACCCAAAGGCCUACCCACUGGCCGACGCCACGCUGACCAAAACCAUCCUGGACCUGGUGCAGCAGGCUUCAAACUACAAGCAGCUGAGAAAGGGAGCUAAUGAAGCUACCAAAACCCUGAACAGAGGCAUCGCUGAGUUUAUCGUGAUGGCCGCUGAUGCUGAACCACUGGAGAUCAUUCUCCACCUGCCACUGCUCUGUGAGGACAAGAACGUCCCGUACGUGUUUGUCCGCUCCAAGCAGGCCCUGGGUAGGGCCUGUGGGGUGUCGCGCCCCGUCAUCGCUACCUCAGUCACCAUAAAGGAGGGGUCUCAGCUCAAGCCGCAGAUUCAGUCUGUGCAAAUGGCUAUUGAGAGACUGCUCGUGUGAUUUUUGUCUCCCUGAAAAAUGGAGAUGAAUUCCAGAUUGAAAAUCUUGUUUUCUGUUUGAUAAAAAACAGUUAUACAUUUAUAUUUUCUUUUUUUUUUACUUUUUAGAAGUGUGUCCACUUCAUGUAUCAGUUUGCCAUGGCAUCCUGUGAUUCAUAUUAAAUUUUGUAUUUAAACCUUG